AGUGGGGAGGAAAAUUUCGAAUGCAUGGGGAGAGGCAGAAGCAAAAAAAAGUUGGACAGUGAGGGUUUUCCAACUUGCUCCGUUCGUUUUCGUUCACCAUUCUGCGCUCGGUGCAGAAUGUAAAAUUGCCUUUGCCAAAGUUGCCCACUUACUCUUUAAUGUGUGUCCGUGUGUAAUUGUGUUAUUGUUUAGGGAUUUCCUGUGGUUUUUGCUAGUGAGAAAUAAGAAAACGAAAAGUGUUGCAAAUGAGCUACGGUGUAUUGAGAAGAUGUUUUCCUUCCUACAAGCUUUACCUACGAAUAACAAAGCAGUUGGGCCAGCAGUGUGCAAGAAGCGUUGUAAAAUAUCUCUAUUAAAGCAUUGCUAGUGAAGUUAAGUGUAUGGAACCAUUUGCAAACGUUUCCGAGGUAGAUUGAAUUAGGAUAAAUCGAUCCAAGGGUAAGGGAAUUGAACUGUUCUGUUUCCACCAAAGAAAACCCCACCACGCCAGCAACGCCUACUGACAGCUCGUGUUACGAAGCAAGGGGCAUGGAAAAGGAAUUAAUGUGCAUCAUGUAAUCGGCGCCCUUGGCAUGCUGCGAUGGAUGCUGCUGCCUGUGCAAGAUAGAGACCGAUGCAUUAGUGAACCGAUUAGUGGUCCGAUUAGUGGCCUUGCCGAUUUUCACACCGAUUCCGAUUUUCAAGGAGGAAUUGCGUCUAAUGCGGAAAAGCGCUAAAACGGAUGCUGGGAAAAUACCCAACAUGGAGCAGGAAAUUGGUAGCUGGGAUUCGGUGCUGCUGGAGAAUCUCUCCGAGGAGAGCUUCAUCAAUAACCUUCACCAGCGCUAUAAACGGGAUUUGAUCUAUACCUACAUAGGGACGUUUCUAGUUGCCCUGAAUCCGUACAAACCACUGCAGAUCUACAACCCGGACCAGGUUCGCAAAUAUGCUACCAAGAGCCUCUUUCAGUUGCCGCCACACAUAUUUGCUUUGGCGAAUUCGGCGCAUCAGUUUCUCCUGAACUACAAUGAAGACCAAUGCAUUAUAAUGGCGGGAGAAUGCGGUUCAGGCAAGACGGAAUCCUCGCACAUGAUAGUACACUUCCUGACACAGCUGUCGGAGAUGCGGCGCUGCCGGGCGCCCAUCUUUUCGCUUCGCGGCUCCAAUCCAAACUCGAGACAAUCGACACCGAAGCAUUCCACAAUCAGUCGCGUUGGGUCAUCGUUUGAAAGUGCCGCCCCGUCCGGUGGCCGACUGGACAGCAUCAUGAAGUACAACUCAUCGAGACAACAAAAAUGCUCACACGAAAAAACUGUCGAGUUCGAUCUGAUUUCGCACCACAAGAGCACGGAAAACCUUCCCGCGAUGGUCAACUACGGCUUUAUGCCGGUAGCCACCAUGCCAAAGUGCUUGAAGCACUCGAACCAAUCCAUCAGCCGCUCGACGGAGGGCAACGAAUUUCCGACCAAAUCGACGCUCAAAUCGGCUACCACCAUGGGCUCGUGCCCGAAGCACAACUGUACCAGCAGCCAUGCCGAGCUGAACCGCAUGUGCGGCGGAGCGUCCCCGUCGCCUUCGCUGCAAAAGCGCAGCAACUUAAUGCGCUGCUGCCAUCAGAACAGCAACAACAGCACCCGCUCGAUCCACAAAUCGUCCUCCUCGAUUGCAUUGACGCACGAUCACGGGACCACAUCGCCGUCGACAUUCCACCGUCGGCAGAUAUUGAAAUCGAUCUCGAAAGAGGUUUACAUUCGCGAUCUAGAAUUGCAAAAAAUGCGCGAACGCGUCGCGCAAGCAGAAAUCUUCCUGGAAGCAAUGGGCAACGCGGUGACGGUGAAGAAUAUCAACUCGAGCCGCUUUGGUAAAUUCUUUGACAUCGAGUUCGAUUACAAGGGCGAUCCUGUCGGGGGACAUUUAACAUUAUACAUGUUGGAAAAGUCUCGUGUUACCACACGCGCUUCUGGGGAGAGAAACUUUCACAUCUUCUACCAACUACUCUCCGGUGCCGACAUUCAACUGCUCAAAUCACUUAAAUUGCAACGAAACAUCGAUAAGUAUGAACUGUUGAAAAAUACCUUCGCAAACGAAGACGAUCGAACGAAUUUUACUUUCACCAAGCGUUCACUGGAAAUAUUGGGCUUCGGUCAGGACGAGAUCUUUUCGAUAUUCACCAUUUUGGCCGUAGUGCUCAAGCUGGGCAACCUGACGUUCAUUCCAACCACCAACAUUGACGGUAGCGAGGGUUGCGAAAUCUCCAACGAGUAUGAACUGGACGAAAUUGCUCAACUGCUGCAGUUGGAUAAUCAAAUGCUCUUCAACUGUUUAACGCGGUUGGGCGACAACUGGGCACAGCUCGAACCGGACGGAACGGAAAUCGAUGCCAGCUACGCAUCUCGCAUCAAGUUCACCCUAUGCCGCACACUGUACGGACGGCUGUUCACAUGGAUCGUUUCCCGGGUGAACGACGCUCUGAAGCUCAAGACCAGUGGGACGGUCGGGAGUCGAGGGAAAACAAUCGGUCUGCUGGAUUUUUACGGUUUCGAAGCCCUGGAAAAGAACACCUUUGAUCAGUUCGCUAUCAACUACUGCAACGAACGGCUGCAGCAGCAUUUCAUUAAGAGCGUCCUAAAACACCAGCAGGAUUUGUACGUGAAUGAAGGGCUGGACUGGAUACGGAUCGAUUUCUUUGACAAUGCUCCGAUCUGCGAGCUGAUCGACAAACCUUGUUUCGGCAUACUGCACCUGCUCGAUGAGCCGCAGGUCGUCAACGAUGGGCUCCUGCUCACGCGACUCCAUCAGUGCUGUGCUGGUCACACAAACUUUCUCGCACGCGAUGCAUCACUGCCUUCUAAUUGUUUCCAAGUGCGCCAUUUUGAGGGUCCCGUGGUGUACACGACAAACGGGUUCAUCGAGAAAAACCUGGACCUGUUGCCGAGACAUAUUAGCAGUUGCCUGUUUCAGAGCGAUCUACUAAUCGCUUCGUGCCUCUUUCCGGAAGGAAACCCGAAGCGCCACUCGAAUCGCAAACCAUCGAGCUUAAGCAACAACUUACGAACCUCGCUGCAGACGCUGUUGAAAUUGCUCGAACAGCGUUCAAACCAUUACAUCUUCUGCAUCAAACCCAACGAACUAAAACAGGCGAAAAUGUUCGAGCUUGGGUUGGUGCAGCAUCAAGUGCGCUACCUUUGUCUAAUGCCGCUGAUAAAUCUGUGGCGCAAUGGGCAUUGUUUCAAUAUGGUGCACGCCAGAUUCUUGGCACGAUAUAAGCUGCUUUGCCAGUACACUUGGCCCCAUUUCACUGGGACGAUCGUUGAUGGUGUGGCGCUGAUCAUACGCAGCGUACCGUUGCCCGGAGCUGAGUUUACCAUUGGCCGCAAGAAGGUUUUCAUUCGCAGUCCCCGCACGGUGUACGAGCUGGACGAGUUUCGUAAGGUGCGGCUGAACGAGUUGGCCAUAUUGAUACAGAAGACGUACCGCUGCUACACAAAGCGAAAACGGUUCCUGACGCUACGCCACAGCCAACUAAUCAUUGCGAGCUACUGGCGUACCUGGAGAGUGAGUUGCAAAGACAAAAGGAUCAUGCCGCGGGGUUUAAUAACCAUAGCAUCCGUUCGACGGUACUCCUUUUUUUUGCAGGAACGAGAAAAAAUACGACUCGUCGAGUUUCGGAAACAGGCACUGUGGGCAGUGCAAGUGAUUGGAAGAUUUUUUGUGCUGCUUAAAACACGCGAAUUUCUGUUGACACUGUUGCUGCGUCUACCGCACGAUAACAUGAGCCCGAUCUGUCAUGAGUGGCCGUCGGCACCAACGUUCCUAGCGGAGACAUCCCAGCUGCUGCGUACGAUUUUUCAUCGCUGGCGAUGCUACAAGUAUCGCAAAUCGUUCGAUCAACCAGCCCGAAAUCGUAUGCGCGAAAAGGUUACCGCAAGCAUCAUAUUCAAGGAUCGCAAAGUGUCGUACCCGCGCAGUGUAGCCCAUCCGUUUCAUGGCGAUUACAUACGGCUGCGACAGAACAUUCAGUGGAAGCGGGUCAGCUGUGAGCACAACGAUCAGUAUGUCGUGUUUGCGGACAUCAUCAAUAAGAUUGCACGAAGCAGUGGCAAGUUCAUUCCGAUAUUGUUGGUCAUCUCGACGAACUCAAUGCUCCUGCUGGAUCAGAAAACGAUGCAGAUUAAGUACCGUAUCCCGGCGUCGGAGAUAUACCGCAUGUCGCUCAGUCCGUACUUCGAUGAUAUUGCAGUGAUACACAUCCGCGCAUCUGAAAUAGGCAAAAAGAAGGGAGACUUUGUGUUCCAAACGGCACAUUCGAUCGAAAUAGUAACGAAGCUGUUUCUGGUGAUCCAAAAUGCGACUGCCAAAUCGCCGGAAGUAACUAUCAGUACCGAUUUCGAGGCUAACUUCGGAGGACAGACGGUCAUAUUCACCUUCAAGUGCGGUGGCCUGGUAGACAAUCCGUACAAUCAGACGCGCGUCACGCGCAAGGGAAAUCGGAUGGAGGUGAUCGUGUAACAAAACGCCUCCCCACCGGCACAGACGGCUCUCGUGGAAUGUCGCUCUCGGCGACGUUCCCUGCUGGUGGUCGACAGCUACACAGACGACGACGGUAUGGAGUUUGGGGUCCGGGGCCUCGAGUUUGCGUAGGCUCCGUUUUUUUGAGAAAUAGAAACACGAAGCCGGAAAAGACACGAUACAGUAUGUGCAAGUGUGUGUGUGUGGCAGAAAGGAAUUAAUCAAUUAGCAAACCAAAAGCAAGCCAAAUUUGGCUACACCAAUCUGAUGUAUUGGUUACCCUUGUGGACCGCGGUAGCAAAGCAAUUCUUUACCUAUUAGUAGUUAACAUCCCUAGAUCUUACCAUUGAAUGUCAGCAAACUAAAAACAAAACUGUUAGAUUUUCGAUCGGGAGGCAACCAACUCUCUUUUCCCACCCUGACACGCAAAACUUUAGCUUCAUUAGCCGCAAUUCUAACACUAUAACUCUUUCGAUAUUUCUCCGUCACCGCAGCACGUGUCACAGGAGAAUUGUUUGUUUUGUUCAUGAAGCAGACAGAGCUUCCCGGGAAGUUUUGUCGUAUUGUGUGCCAAGGACUAGCGGUCGACGCAGCAGGACAAGAACAAAUACGAUUGGGUGCGUAUGUGUGUUUUUAUACUAAUACUUUCUAAUGCGAAUGGCAAUUGCGUUAGAAUGGUAGUUUGAAUUGAGGAUAGUGAUUUAGCACGGCGAUCGAAUUUACAAAACAAUAUCUGCCCUGUCUAUGCUAUAUGGUUGCGACGCUAGUGGGAUAGAUGCGUUGAGCGUUAACAGCAGCAAACAGGUAACAAACGAAGCACACGCCACAGACGGAUAUAUGUCCAGGGGCAGCACAGUUGAUGUUAGUUGAAGUUUCCUUGUACGAUUUUACUGAGACGUUUAUAGCGACGUGUUUUAUCGUGUAGGUGUACCGAUGAGUGCAAAAUGUUCAUAGCCAUCCAUCCGCUGCACAAUGGCAACAUUAGCUGGAAGGCAAACAAUCGCGAAAGUAGCAAACCGAGUUUAGAAUGUUUAGGAAAAUCGAAUCGUUAGAUGUGGGGGUGUGUGUGUGUGUGCUGGACAAAUCGGGACAUUCGAUUCAACUGUCUAUGGUGGCAUGCGUUUCAAAGGUCUGUCUCACGCGCCAAACAACUCAAUCGUACGUAAUUAGUUUGUCCACUUAAUACUCCAGUUAUGCGGUAUAGACAGUUGAAUCGAUUACCCCAACAGAGUUCCCUAACACCUGUAAGACAUAGCAAUGAAUGGGAAAUGUUCGUCAAAUUAACAACUCAAUGAAUCACUCAAAGUAGAUAGUAGAUUUGUUAAUGUGUAUAUCCCUGAUAAAACAAAGUUUAAGUGGCUAUCGCCGUCGGAGUCGUCGGAGUCGUCGUCGUCGUCGCCGUGAUCGUGAUAUGUUAACAAUUCCUACGUUUUGUAAAACCAUGUACGGGACCCAUAAGCUAGUUUUUUACACACGCACAGUAAUUAGCGUUGAACCGAUGGGAGAUCUAUUUUGAUAAUAGUUUUCGUCCUGUCUCUAGAGCCUUACCUGUUAAAUUGAUUAGUAAUUGUAAUCACCGUAGCGGUAUUUUUGCGUGUAUGUAUGUGUGCGUGUUCAGGACGUGUAGAUUUCUAAUCGUACCGGUAUGUUGUUCACAUUCUGUUCUGUGCUGUAUAUGCCUUUGUUCCUCUCAAUAGUUACACCCGAGUAAAAAGCAAUGAUAUUUGGCGUUUGGGCAAAGAAGUAGGUGUCCGAGAAGGCGGAUAAGGUUGCACCAUUCAAACUGGAAUCGUAUUGGAAUGCAGACAGCGCGUGCACUGUUCUGCCAUCACCAAACCAAUCAAAUGCCUGCCCAAAAUACACGCACCGCGGGCUUUUAUAAUUACAUGUCGGCUCUCGGUCGCCUCGUCCUUACAAUGCGCUAAUGUCCUCCUCUAUGGGUUGUGCGAUAUGAUAUGAAAAGGGAUAUUGCUGUGGAAGCAAAAACCAGUGUCAAUACAUAAAGAAACAAUCACGCUUGGACGUUUUUAUUCUAAACGCUAACAAAACAAACAAAAACACUUUACAAAGGGCAUUAUUAAACAAACGUACCUUUCCAUGCGGCUCGAUCACUCGAUCGUCCGAAAGCAGUGGGUGGAAUAUUUUAUAAAGCCUGUUGAUCGGUAAGGGAAUAAUGAUCGGUCAACAUUUAAUCUAGAAACAAACAGAUGUCGUUCUUUAUUGCGUUACCAACACACACACAAAAAACAAAAAACAAACAAAGCAUAUUUGUCGAUCGAUCAGUAUACAUGAUCUUGUGGAACAUUUUGCCCUAGUCUUAAAUCAUCGUUGUUUAUACGUUUCUUUCUUCUUCUAUUCGCUCGAUAAAAACUGACCAGACACCACCAUGUCCGAUCGGGAAGGAUCGUUUGAUGGAUGGAUGAUUCGUUAAAUAAUUGAAUGCUUUUUAUAUAACACACACAUUUCUUAACAAUCGAUAGAAUAUAUAGAGAGCAAUAAUGCGAUGGUGAUUGUGUGUAGCAGUUGUGCUCUUGUAAAACCAUUUUGUAAAUGAAUAAUAGUUCGCAAAAAGCAGAAGAAAAAAAUACGUGACGAUCGAUCUCGAUCCCGUUCCAUAGGGAGUGGUGGUGGAAGCGUCUAGCGCUAGUACGAUGUAAUAGAAAGUGUAACUGACAUCCAGUUAUUUUGUACCAUUCUAGCAAGGCGAGAAAAAGGAUAGUGCAUUACCACAUGUACCAGAUCAUUAACGUAACCUAAAUAUAUUAAUAUUUAUCAUUAGGAACAAUAUCUCCCUCUCUAUAGCCAACAUGAUUCAACCCUACACGGAAAACAGAUAACAAACACACGAUUACAACUACUUACACACACACACAAACACAUUUGAAAAUUAAAAUAUACUGAAGCGCAUUACACUAAGUAGAUGAACACAGUACAUUCCAUACAUAUAUAAUGUUAGUGCCAAAUGAAAAUUAAAUUGAAAGCAAGUAGCCAAAUUCACCAUAAACCUUACUACUUAUACCGAAGAAUAACGUCGAAAGGCCAAACCGGAGACACUGUUUUCCUUAAAUCCAAUACCGAAAAGCGGAAAGGGGAACGAAAGUGUAGCCUGUGCGCAGGGCCCGGCACGUUGUUGGUAGCACGUGCCAUGGUGCCCAGCAGAGCCUGGGGAGUGGGGCUGGCCGCAUUAUAUGAAGAUGGAGAAUUUGGAGGAAACAAAUCAAUGACGCUUAAUAAUACUUAUAAAUAUAUACAUACACAUAUAUACAUAGAUAUAUAUACAUACAUAAAUGGAAUAGAAAUACUUAUGACCUAUAUUGUAACAGAAGAGUAAAAAAGUAAACAAAAUGAUAUUAUUAUAGAGACAACUGAAGAGGUAUAUUAAAAAUAGACGAAAACUAAUGCAACGUAACGGCAAGCUGUUAAACCUGGUGGGCAAAUAACGUUUUGCCAGAAGAUCCAGAACUCGCAUUCCUUCGAUGGAUAGGAAUUUCCAAACCGGACAAAAGAAUAAUGGUUAAAGAUAGAUGUGAAAUGUUUUUUCUAUACGUAUAUAUAUUUUCCAACGAAACAUUAAUCAGUCGCACCUUUUGUGUCCAACUGUAUAUCUAAAAUGAUAAUCGUAUGUGCGUAUGUAACGUACGCGAUUUCGGUUUUGCCAUACUUAACCAGCUACCCAAGAGCGAUCUGCUUCAUAAAAAUUGUGACCUACCAAAAAAACAAAAAAGGGAAGAUCGUUCGGAGGGCGGGGUAGUUUUAAAUGAUAGAUUUUUUUAAACUAAUCAUACACAUAUUUUUUAUUUAUUUUCAUGCAGUGAGCCAUUCCUUUGAGAAACAGGUUACGUAAAUCGAAUAAUAAUUAUUGUAAACUGAAACCGGAAAGUCUUCUAGUCUGUCGACAAUUUGUUAGCAUAGCUCAACUAGGAUCGAACGGAGAGCGUACAGAGAAACAAACAAACAAAACUAUGUAGCGAGUUACUACCGACGACGAGGUACAUACACGGUACACAGACAACAAAACAGUGGAAUACCGAACAACAACCAAACGGCCACAAUCACAAACUGAAAUGUGAAAGCGUACAGCAACCGAAAGCACAAACAGUGCCGCCCUUGAAUGGAUUGCAAAACAUAGUAACAACAGCCAAGCAACAACAAAAAAAGGAAUUAUACGGGAGAUAGAGUUAACAUUAGCGAUUUUAUGAAAAUUUUCCUCGACGGUGAAAACCGGAGCCAACCGCGCACGAUAACGGUCGUCAACGAUCGGCGGAACGAUGAGGAGUAUGACGGAGUGAAGGGGGGGGGGGUGUAAGCAAAUUAAUGGAAAAUAAGUAGUACUUACUAAAGCGGUACACAAACGGUGGGAGGUAAAAUUGGAGGUAGAUGAUAGAACUGUAGCGUAAUUCUGCCCCUAGUUAUUUCCUUCCAAUUUCUCUUCCAAUACUCCUAGUGCGUAAAACGAUAAACUAAUGAAACGAUGGUAAAAAGCAACAGCAAAAAUUAGACCCUCCCUGGAAUUAGGCAUGUUAGUGCAGUUUUCGUUCUGCAACUGAAAUCCUCUCAUCAUUCAACGAUCCUAUGGUGAACACGCGAGGGAUGGAGUAAUUGCCGGUUUAUUCACAUGUUCACUUCAAGGAAGCAAUCACAUUACAUCAAACCCACAAAGUACAGCUUUAUUUUGAUUAUGUUCGACCUUAUUUCUUACCGAAAUAUUCUUUCGAGUCAGCAAAACCAUGAACGGUUCCACCAUCAUGGUUACAUGAUAUUUUAACACAAAACAAAAUAUAUACAUAUAGACAUACAAACAAAAAGCAGAUAUAUUGGAAAGUGGAACAUCUGAAUUGUUAUAUGCACUAGAAGAAGAAGGGAGGGGGUUGCGCCAGGCGGAAGGAAACGACAGCCGAAACGGAACGGAGUUACGAGUAUCAGUUACCGAAUAUAUAUAUAUAUAGUUGCGAAUAUUAUAAUUACCGUCUCACUCCAUUGUUAGAGCAAUAUUUUUAAUUAUACAUACAUAUCUUCAUCAUUAGCAGCGACGAAGCAGCAGCAGCAGUAGUAAGGGGGCGGUAAGCCAAAACAAUGGAGACGCACUGGUAAACGGUGGAGCGUGUUGAAGUGCAUUGAAAGAUUGUGAAAAGGAGAAAAAAAUCAUUUUUAACACUGCAAUGAGAAAGAUCGAUGAUGAGGAUGAUCGCGAAAAGGAAGAGCGCAUAACGCAACUAUGAGAAAAUGGAACAAAAUACAGAAUCAUUUAGUAUCUUACCUAAAA